GGGAUUGUGGGUUUUUCACGGGGGGUUGGGUUAUUAGUUUAUGGUGUAAAUUCUCGUGUGUGUUUGUGUGUUUUUUUUUGGCGAAAUAGUCUCAAAUCCUCUAGAUCUCAUGUUUAUGUGGCAUUGUGUGUGAUCCUUCUUCAUGCUCGAGUGUUCGCAGUUGUCCGUUUCCGUCAGUUGAUGAUCUUCUCAAUGGCUUAUGGAUUUUAGUGUGUAUCGAUGCAGCCCCUCGCUGAGAGCUGGGAAUAGCUGGAGGUGAUCUUUUAGGUGAUCUGUUCGCCGAAUAGGUUUGAGUCGGUAGUGUCCAGCAAUCUUCUUAUCUUUUGUAGCGGGCACAGGUCCGAAGACGAAGCGGUGGUUUUUGGGCAUUGGGUGGAAGUCUCAUUUGAAUGAUUCAUGCUAGAGCGAUGGACAAAGGGAGCGUGAGUCACGCCGCAGGCACUUCAUCUCAAGGACGAAAUGCCUGGAAUACUCCUCUCCGCAACCAACCUCAGAGCCAAGCUAGUGCCGCAAUCAAAAUGCCAGUGAAAAACCCUCCGUUGUCUUUCACUAACCAACCGGCUUUGGCAGAUCCGAUUUACAGCUCCAGUGACGAGGAUUCAGAGAGCGGAGGAGAGGGCGGUGCUCGUGGUCGCGAUGUGGAUGCUCUGGAGUCUGCCAUCAUGGCUGACUAUCCAACCACAGAAGACAUUGAUGACACAGGAUUAACGAAGAUUCGAUCGUUGUUAUUGGCACGACGCAGUGGUGCAACGUCCUGCUUGAUCUGCUUAGAGCGAGUAAGAGCCACAGAUCCAGUGUGGGACUGCAAGGCCGGUUGUCAUGUGAUUUUUCAUCUCAUCUGCAUACAAUCAUGGGCUCGUCAAGCUCUCGGAGCAGCUGCAAUUCGCUCCCUUGGCCAAUUGUCUGGCCAACAUUUUCCUGCAGCCCAAGCGGAAGCAGAGGACAAAGCCUGUUGGCACUGCCCAAAAUGCAGGACCGAUUACUCAAAGUCAGAGCUUCCACGGGAAUACAGAUGCUUUUGUGGGAAACAAGAGCACCCAGUACAUGAUCCUUGGCUGGCUCCUCAUACUUGUGGAGAGAGAUGCGGUCGAGCUUUGCCGAGUAAAUGUGGCCACGAGUGCGUGUUGUUGUGCCACCCUGGACCGUGUCCGACAUGUCCCCAGCUACUCAAGUUCAGUUGCUUUUGUGGAGCCGAAUCCAAAAUGCGGCGAUGUGGGCACAGCAAAUUCUCAUGUGGAAGAGAAUGCAAGAAGGUUCUUAGCUGUGGUAAACACAAGUGUGAAAAUGCCUGCCAUGACGGAGAUUGUCCCCCUUGUAGCAAAACUGCCGUGCAUAAAUGUCAAUGUGGGAAGACGAGUGCAAUUCGAGCUUGUGCAGAGUCAAAUUUUAGGUGUGAGAAUCCUUGUGGUCGACAGUUAUCUUGCCAGAAACACUGUUGUCAAAGAGGCUGUCAUUCAGGACCGUGUGGGGAUUGCUAUUUAACGGGAAAGAGGAGCUGCCCCUGUGGAAAAGUAGAGCACAAGGGAGUCCCUUGUGAUGUGGUUAUACCCACAUGCGGUUCAACGUGCGAAAAAGUUUUACCUUGUCAAAUCCAUCGCUGUUCAGAGCGCUGCCAUUAUGGCUCAUGCAAAGAAGUGUGUCGUGUUGUUCUUGUGAAAUCUUGUCGUUGUGGAAGUCUCAAGAAAGAGGUCCCUUGCCAUCAAGAACUGUUAUGUGAAAGGAAGUGUCAACGAAUGAAAGACUGUGGUCGGCAUGCAUGUAAACGUCGCUGCUGUGACGGGGAUUGCCCACUAUGCUCAGAGGUGUGCGGCCGGAGGCUGAAGUGCGGGAAUCAUAAGUGCCCAGCUCCCUGUCACAGAGGACUGUGUGCACCUUGUCCUAUCAACGUGCAAAUCUCAUGCGCUUGUGGAGCAACUUGCAUCCAGGUACCUUGUGGAACAGAAAGAACACAACGGCCUCCACGUUGCGUAAAGCUCUGUUCGAUAUCCCCCAAGUGCAAUCAUGGCUCAAAUUGCAAGCCACACAGGUGUCAUUAUGGUGCUUGUCCAGAAUGUCAGCUGCCCUGUAUGACCCUAUUACCGUGUGGCCACAAUUGCAAAGAGAGGUGUCAUGGGGCUAAACCUGUUCCAAAUCCUGAUUACACUUAUAAGACCAAAAAGAAGAAACCUAUUCACGACGGAUCAGCUAGUAUUGGUGAACCUUGUCCGGCUUGCUCUGAACGAAUUGUAAAGAAAUGUCUUGGUCAGCAUCAAGGCAGUGAGCGCACGAUGGUAUGCUCACAGAGUGCUGAAUUUCGGUGUAGCAAACUCUGCGGCAACCCGCUGGCUUGUGGAAAUCAUAUUUGCAGAAAUUCAUGCCAUUUUGUCACCAUUCCACGCAUUGUGGCAGGGGAAGAAGUUUAUGUUAAGCAGGUUGUAGUCAUGCCCUCUGGGAUAGACUUGGCAGAGCCAACGGAUGAGCCUGAGAGAGUGUGGGGUAAAUAUGGAUCCUCGCCACUUAAUGAAAAGGGUAACAGUAACAAUUUGGUACAGGAGACCUCAACACAACCUGACAACGUUAAGGUUGUUGAUAGCUGUGAACAGUGUCGGUUACCUUGUCAAAAGAAGCGGUUCCUUCGGUGCCCACAUCCAUGUACUCAAAUUUGUCACAUUGGGGAUUGCAAACCUUGUAAAGCUGUCCUGAAGCGUGCUUGCCACUGUGAGGCUUUAGUUCAGUCGUUUGAAUGCACUGCCUUCAAUUCGGUCUCCGACAAAGAACGAGCCAAGUUACUGAGUUGCGGUGGGCCUUGCCACAAAAAACUCCCAAAUUGCUCGCAUCUAUGUCCGGAUAUUUGUCAUCCAGGAAUUUGUCCAACGGCCGCUGACAGCUGUCGCAAGAAGGUGACUGUACGAUGUGCCUGCCAACGCCUCAAGAAAGAGUGGCUUUGUUGUGAUGCACAAGCUGCCCUACCAAAAGGCUCACAAAAGAGUGCAGUUUUUGGAGUGGGGCUCUUACCUUGUGAUCAAGAGUGCUCACGUUUGGCUGCUGAAAGGAGGGAAAAAGAGGAAACCGAACUGCUGCGACAUCGCAAAUCGAAAGAACCUGAGAUGAAUACAGCACCAGUUAAGGUCCCAAAAAAACGGAGAGGUCGUAACCUGGACGAUACAACUAAGCCUUCAGCCUUCAAGGAGAAUAUUGUCAAGGCAGGUCGCUGGAUAAUGAUAGGUUUUUUGGUAGUUGGUGCUUUUCUUGUUCUUGUUUACGGUUACAAAGGCUUGUUGGCACUGUCUCGGUGGAUGGACGCUCGUGAUGCUGUUAAACCUCGUAGACGCAUGUCUGGAGGCUUUUAAAUCUGCAUCUCUGUUUCACAAGCUGGAUCAUAUAUUAUGUAUUGUUAUCUUAUCCUGUAGAUGUUUUGAGGGACAAGAAGCGUCACUCUUAUCAAAUUUAAUUGGUUUCCGUUGCCAAUGCCAAAUGAAGCUGCGUGCACGUGGAAGGAACCAGUAAUAUCAAUUACUUUGAACUGUACAAUCUAUGCCUAUUU